AUGGGAAAACCCAUUCGCAGCGAAGCAUGCACAAAUGGUCAAAAAACACGAAGAACAUGCUUUUCAACAGCAAAUGACGCAGAAUCUGGUGCAAGCUAUCAACCUCCAGAUGAUGCAAUAUUAGGACCAGCUGUCUACCCACCAGCACGGCAAAAUCCACAGCCAAUUUAUAGACCAAACUACCAGUUUGGUUACCCUCAAGGAAAAGGCAAUAUUUUUAAUGGAGGAUAUGGUGAAUAUCAUAAUUCACAGUGGACUCUGCCACCAGCAUGGACGGAAUCAGGUGUAAUGCUUGUUCUACCAGCAGAUCCAGGCUUAUGGUCAGAUGUAAUAGCACGAUGGGAGUCUAUAACAAUCAAUAGGCUCAAUAGCCAAACAUGGACUGACAACAAAGCAAAAUUAGCCUUUGUUGAAAAUCUUCUUGGAGAAAGCGAAAAGUUAAUGUGGCAACAAUGGCGAACGGCAUACCCAGAUGUAUAUGCUGCCCUUGAAGCAAUCGCAGAUGAACCACAGAAUAUAACAUCACAAGUUAGGCAGUUAAUAUUGUUAGAAGAUCCAUACCGAGGCUCAACUGAUGAACAAGACAGAGCCUACAGAGAUCUAGACAGAAUAACUUGUGAAGAAACCAAGAACUUGUGGACAUUCUUGGAGGAUUUCAGGCAGUUAGCAAUAAAGUCUGGAAGGCUGUACUUCCCCUCAACAACAGAAAAACUUUUUGCUAAACUUCCACCUUCUCUAUCCAAGAAAGUUGAAGAAUCAUUUAAAGCCAGGUACCCUGGUCUAAGUUCAGGAGUUCUGCCUGCAAUCAAAUUCACUCAUACUUUCAUCUCAGAAAUGUGCAAAGAUGAUGUGCUUGCCAAAGAGCUUAGAGAUUUAUCUCUUUGUUCAGCCAUACCAAUUCCUGGUUAUUACAAAAACAACAGGAAAAAGUAUGGAAUGAGGAAGUCGAAGACUUACAAAGGAAAGCCACAUGGUUCUCAUGUAAAGCCAUUCAAAAGAAAGUACAAAGAUGACAGAGGACGAGUCAAGAAAUGCAAAUGCUUUAUUUGUGGAAAGGAAGGGCAUUUCGCAAAAGAUUGCAAAAGCAAGCAAGGAAACAUUGCAAGAUCAGCUGUCUAUCAAGAACUGGAUCUUGAUGACAACUGGGACAUUGUCUCAGCAGACUUUGAUGACACCAUUGUCUAUAGUAUAUCAGAAGGAGAAGGCGAUACCCAUCAAAGCAUCAGUGUUAUGGUCCAAGAUACUCCAUUUAAAGAAGCAGCUUUCACAAUAACACAUGAAGAUAAUGAAAGUAGCAGCGAAGAUGAAAGAGAGGAUAUCCAACAUAGUCAUUAUGCUUUCAUGUUCCAUCCAGGACCACCAACAAAAAUAGCAGAUAUGGUUCAAUCCGUAGGAUCGUGGAAACCAAGCAAAGAAUUGCCAGCUCAAAGUAAAAACUACGUGUCAAGACUUAACUGUCCCAAUUGCCAACUCACAACAUGUGCUCUUUGCGCCAAAAAUUAUCUUGGCAAAACAGUUAACGUUAAGAAAAAACAGCAGAUUAAGCCGGAAGAAGAAAGUGACUUUACCAAUAGGGAAAUAAAGCUUCUCAAAGAACUUUUGAAAGAGAAGACGGAGCAAAUGCAGCAGAUGAUUAAGGAUCAAGCCAAAGAGUUUUAUGAGACCAAGGCAGAAAUACAAAAGAGAGAGGAAGCAUGGCAGCUUGAAAAAGGCUUGCUAACAAAAGAUCUCACAGAUACUCUUAAGAUAAUCGAUCAGCUUAAAGCUGAACAAGUAAGGCUUGAAGAACAAAAGAACGAAGAAAUAAGAAGGCUGAAGGAGCAACUACAAGAAAGGAAGGAAGAAAGGGAAAAGCCUCAAUUCCCUAAAGAAGAAUUCCCACCGUUAAGCGAACUUCAUGUAGCAAGGCCCUUCAUGGAAGCAGAGAUUCAUUAA